GUGCGGUUAUGUACAGUUAAGAAGGGAGCCAUAAAAUUAAAUUCAAAAAUUAAAUAAUGUUUCUUAGAAAUACUAAGUAUUCAAAGAGAUCUUUAAAAAACAUUAACAAAGUAAAAAGUACGCUUUUUAAAGCUGUUCGAUCUAAUAGUGAUGCUCCAAGCAUUCAAGAAGUAGAUGUAUCUUUUUCUAGCGGCCGAAACUUGAUUUUAUCAACAGGCCAAUAUGCACGUAUGGCAGAUGGUUGUGCAGUUGCAAGUCUUGGGGAUACUUCUGUUAUGGUUACAGUUGUUUCAAAGCCAAAACCUACAGUAACAGGAUUCUUGCCACUUGUAGUAGAUUACAGACAAAAAUCUGCCGCAGCGGGUAGAAUCCCUACCAACUUUUUUAGGCGAGAAUUAGGUCCAAGUGAAAGAGAAAUAUUAACUUCUCGUUUAAUUGAUAGAAGUUUAAGGCCAUUAUUUCCUGAAAAUUUCAAUAAUGAAACACAAGUAAUUUGUAAUAUGUUAGCAGUAGAUGGAGUCAAUAGUCCGGAUGUUUUAGCUAUAAAUGCAGCUUCUGCAGCACUAAGUUUAAGUGAUAUUCCUUGGAAUGGUCCUAUAGGGGCUGUAAGGGUUGGUUUCAUAGAAAAUGAAGUGAUUAUAAACCCUACUAGGAGAGAACAGCAACUUUCCUCUUUAAAUUUGAUUGUAUCUGCAAUGAAACGAAACUUAGUUGUCAUGUUAGAAGCCAAUGCUAAUACUAUAUUACUUCAGGAUUUACAGAAAGCAAUUAAAAUUGGUGUAAAAGAGACACAACAUAUUAUAAGUAAAAUAGAAGAACUCCAGAAAGCUUUUGGUAAACCCAAACGAGAAUUUAGUGGCACUGACGAAUUGUCAGAAGAAGUAAUGGAAGCACUAAGAUCUCUAACACAAAUGAGAGUUACAGAAAUAUUCAAAAAUUAUUCUUAUGACAAACUUGGUAGAGAUAAUGCACUUUCAGAGAUACGAAAUGAUGUAUUUGAAAAAAUAAAAUCUAGUUUUGUGGACAUUGAUUUUAAUUUAAUGAAUGAAGGAUAUAAUAAAAUAGUUAAAGAAAUUUUUCGCAACUUGAUUUUUGAGCAAGGAAAACGGUGUGACGGUAGAGAAUAUCAUGAAUUGAGAAAUAUAUCUUGCAAAGUUAACAUGUACAAACCUUUGCAUGGAUCAGCUGUAUUUCAAAGAGGUCAAACGCAAGUUUUUUGUACUGUUACCUUAGAUUCCCAUGACAGUGCACUUAAAUUGGACCCAUUAAGUGUGUUAACCAGUGGGGUAAAGGAGAAGAACUUUUUCCUUCAUUAUGAGUUUCCCCCAUUUGCAACUAAAGAGACUGGUAAAAUAGGACCCAUAGGUAGAAGAGAAAUGGGUCAUGGAGCUCUAGCUGAGAAAUCAUUGGCUCCUGUGGUGCCAAGUGAUUUUCCAUUUACAAUUAGACUGACUUCAGAAGUUUUGGAAUCAAAUGGUUCAAGUUCGAUGGCUUCUGUAUGCGGUGGUAGUUUGGCACUAAUGGAUGCUGGUGUUCCUCUAUCUUCUCCUGCAGCGGGAGUAGCUAUGGGCUUAGUAACUAAAUACGACUCGACAAAAAGUAAUAUUGAGGACUACCGCAUUUUAACAGACUUAUUGGGCAUUGAAGAUUAUAUGGGCGACAUGGAUUUCAAAAUUGCCGGUAACAAGAAGGGCGUAACGGCCCUGCAAGCUGAUAUAAAAAUACCCGGUUUACCGCUCAAAAUUGUGAUGGAAGCACUACAAAGUGCUGCUGAUGCAAAAUCGCAAAUUUUAGGUAUCAUGCAUCAGUGUAUCGAAAAGCCAAGGGAAACAAAGAAAGAUAAUUGGCCCGUCUGCAAAAAAUUAGAAGUCGAAGCUCACAAAAGAGCCAGACUUUUAGGAAUCGGAGGAGUAAAUGUGAAGAAGCUGUUUGCCGAAACAGGUGUUUCUGUUUCUCAAAUAGAUGAUACCACAUUUCAAGUGUUUGCCCCAAGUCAAAGUGCCAUGGAUGAAGCAGACGAAAUAAUUCAGAAGCUCUUGUCUACUGAAAGAACUCCGGAUUUAGAAUUCGGAGGAAUUUACAAGGCAACCAUCGUAGAGUUGAGAGAUAUUGGUGUAAUGGUCACUUUGUAUACUGGAAUGCCACCAGCACUGUUGCACAAUUCGCAGCUAGACCAAAGAAAGAUUGCUCAUCCCUCAGCUUUGGGCUUAGAGGUAGGACAAGAAUUGCAAGUUAAAUAUUUCGGAAGAGAUCCGGUUUCUGGUCUGAUGAGAUUGUCGAGGAAAGUGUUGCAGGCCAAUUUACGGUGAUAUAAUUUAUUGAGGAAUAGACAAAUGUUACCAGUAUGAGAAAAGAUGAAAGGGAGUAAGGUGUACCAGCCGUUUACAAUUGAAUGUUCAAAACUUGUAUUCCUAUUUGUAAAUAAAUAUAAUUUGAUAUUUUGAAUUUUAAUAAUAAAAUCGUUUUUUUUUUAAAUAUGUUGUAUAUCUAUUUAAUAUCUUUUUUAAAUUCCCAUUUCAACAAUGAAGGACUUAAUAUAUUGUCUUUAAUGCUGGUAAGGGUAAAUUAAAUAAUAGCGUUUUCUGUAUGUCAACUUGUAACGAUUUUCCCCAGUACCACCGUUCUAGGGAUGCCUAUGGUUCAGCAUGCAGCCGUUUUUGCCAAGCAGAGACACGUAUAUAGAGACCUCCGAAUUUAAUUCUAGUAAGUCGAAC